AUGCGCGGAGUUGACGGCGACGGUGAGUGGCGAUGCUACUCGGACAAUCAUCACGCUCUCUGGAAACAAAAGUUCUUUUCACCAAGUCGCAUCUUGUUCCCCUCUAAGAUGCGUGGCACCGUGCCUCACUCAGUGGCGCUAAUAUGCCUAUCUUCAUCCGCGUAUUUCCUUUCCGCAAGAUACUACACCGGUGCUUCUUUUGAACGCCCAGUCCACUUCUCAAUCAUCACUCUUCUGUUUACUGGACUUUCUUUGCUGGCCUACGCGUAUUAUCAGAGUCGUCGAGGUCACUACCAAUCUCUCACUGUCAUUGCAAACCACAAGAGUUCAAUAGAUGUCGUUCGACCCACAAGUACGGUAAUCAAGUUUGUAAGAAUCGGACUGGAGAACUUUCGGCAUCUGCAUUCGUCCUUUCUCUUAAUUCUCCUUUGCAUCGGACUGCGAACAUGGCUCUAUUGGGCCGUUAUUAGAACUACACAAUGUUCGCGAGCUGGUCUAGAGGCAUUUCUACCUUUAUUCACCAUCGCCGCAGAGGCAGUUGGACCGUUAUUAACGCUCUCUGGGUCUCAAUAUAAUGGCCUCAAUCAGCGUCAGGCACAGUGGUCUAUGCCCUCAAAAUCGCAAAUCAUCUUCGCUUUUCUUGCCAUGGUAUGGCCUCUCCUUGUGAUUUCAUCAGAAGAAGGCUCCAUCGUCGCCACUGGCACUAUUUGCCCCAGCGGAUGGAAAUGGGAGCGUUUCAUUCCUUUCAUUCAGCUACUCAUUGGUGUCCUCAAUGCCGCCAUCAUAAGCCACGCAUCUCAUCUGGCUCGUGCUGCAAAGGAUGAUGAGGUCGAGAUAGCUCCUUUUUUAAGUAAACUCUCAUUUGUUGCAGCGGCGAGCAUUUUACUGCUCUCUUUUCCGUCCUGGCUUUCCGACUCGGAGUUUAUCAUGGCAUUCCGGAUUCGGGCUCUUGAGAAUCGAGACUUUGCCAUUGAUGGAUUUCUAGCAACUAUCGGGAUAUUAUGCGGCAUAUCAUUGCUGUCUUCUUUACCUCCAGCAUGUCUUGCCCUGCUUGUAUCAACUGCGACAUUUAUGGGCUCACAGAUACCAGCUCGGAGCGUCAUUUCAGCUCUACCGUCCCCGUCUUAUGACGAGCUUACAAAGCACACGACUCUUGCGAUUCUGGUAGCUGUGCCCUUGUGGUAUCUUGCCAUUCAAAUUCAUCAUACCGAAGAUUCUGGCACAUCGCGGGAAUUAUCCAAAUGGCUGAUUAUCUGUAGUAGUGGAUUGGCACUACUUGCCUUGGAAACAGUAACGCGACUACUCUUCUUCAAGCACUCGCCAAUGAUUUCAGUCGAUGUAGCCAUCAAGUCACUUGUUUCAGAAGCGUCAGCACAGGCAUUUGCAUGGGAGCUGCAAGCAGCAGUUAGUGUAUCAUUGGCCGACGCUGUGAGCGAAUACACCAAGAGAUAUGGUAUUCCUCCUCCGCCAAAUUUUGACAAAUGGCAUGAAUUCGCCAAGACACAUCAUUCUGCCGUCAUCGAUCACUUUGACCAGAUCAACAACGACUUGCUCCCAUACUGGGGACUAGAUGCAGGGAGUAUACGUGACCUGACCACCAGGGUCUUUGAGUAUGGAAGCUCUGAAAUGGGCGGCAUGCGCAUUAGAAAUGGAUCCGUGGAGCAGUCGCCAUAUAUACCGGGAUCACAUCGCUGGAUGGCAGAAUCUUCCCAAAAGAUGAUUGAGCCCUUCGCUCAAUGGUUGCCUGAUAUGGACAUAGCAAUCAAUCUCGCCGACGAGUGUCGCAUGGCAGUUCCUUUCAACCAAAUGGAACAACUGAAAGCCAAAGCCCGACAGAAUAGGGAUAAAGUGAAAGGCCUAAAGGAAGAGAAGGGCUGGCCAACCAGUCAAUUUUCGUCUUCUCCAUGGCCCAAAGUCUUCCCGGAGCCGAAACCUCGAGCAGCGAAUGGCGGAAAAGAUGCCAUCGACCCCAAAUUCACGAAUAAUGUUCGGAGACCAAUCUUUUACGAUUAUGUGGCUCCCUCGUGUCCACCAGAUUCUGCGGCAAAUUCCAGGCGGUGGUGGGAUUGGAGCAAAAUCUGCGUGAAUUGCAUCAGUCCGCAUUCCGUAUUGACAAGCAGCGGUGCUUUGCUGGCAAAUGUAUCACUUGCUCAUAAUCUUUGCCAUCAGCCAGAUGCUGCGUAUCUGGAUGGAUUUCUCAAUUCGCCAUCUGCCAUGAUAGGCACAACAGAAAUCUUCCCCAUCUUUAGCCAAGCACGUGUUGGCGGCUUCUCGGACAUUCUGAUUCCAUCUCCGUGGAACUUUGAUGAAAAAAGUGCAUUCAAGGAGGACGGUGGCAUGAUGUGGAAAGACAAAAUAAAUGGCUUGUUCUGGCGUGGAUCACGGUCAGAUGGCUUCUCAGCUCAUGGACGAUGGCCAGGCUUCUUACGACCAAGAUUUGUGCACGAAGCUUAUGAAAACACACUCUCGUUGCAAACUUCUGGUACAAUGUCUCCAAUGAGUAUUAAUGCCUCUUUUACUGGAGAAGUGUCUAAAUGCGACGGAAGAGAAUGCGCCGUUGAAUCUGAGAUGUAUGAGAAAUGGGGCCGGGCGACAAUAGACAAACAUUCAUCCCACGCCGAAGCCAGCCGGCUACCUCCCAGCGUCCCAUUUGAAGAACAUUGGCGGUACCGUCAUUUGAUGGACAUGGACGGCGCAGGUUUCAGCGGGCGCUUUCUCCCCUUCCUAGAGAGUCGCAGCCUGCCCUAUCGCGCUGCCGUCUUUCGCACCUGGUAUGACGAGCGACUUCAAGCUUGGCAUCAUUACGUCCCUGCGGACCUAAGGCUUGGCUCAGGAUUUUGGUCAGUUUUUGAGUUUUUCAGUGGAGGUUCUAAUGAUAAGGACGGCCAAGGGCCUGAUAUGGCUAAGAAAAUUGCGGAACAAGGUAGAGAUUGGACGCGCAAAGCGCUGAGGAAAGAGGAUAUGCAGAUUUACAUGUUUCGCUUGCUGUUGGAAUGGGGAAGAAUUACACACGAUGAGAGAGAGCAUCUUGGAUUUACAGUAUAG